UAAACAUUUACUGUGCGGUGAUGAAUUAAGACUGUUUCAGUUUUUACUGACGUUGGAGAUCUGUCUAAACUUAAGAUAAUAAAAUUAAUACCAAAAUGCUAAUCAUUCUAAUAUCGUUUAGUUUAAUAAGUGUCGUGGUUUGUGAAAGAUGUCCACCUGGGAAAUAUGGUGACCAAUGUGACCUUAAUUGCACAUAUCUUCAUUGUUUCUGCAGUUCACAAUUUAACUGUGAGUUGUGCGAGCCUGGAUAUUUUAACACAAGUAUUUUCUGCAAGAACACAUGCAUUCCUUCAACAUGCACGUGUACCGACUAUACAAAUUGCCAUUCCUGCAUAGACGGACAUUAUGGAUUGAAGAAUAAAUGUAACCAAAAUUGUUCUGCUCUUUGCCAUGGAACUAAAUGCUACAAUGACGGAACCUGUGUAAAUUGUAAGCCCAAUUUCACUGGAAGUAAUUGCGACUCGUGUGUAGAUGGCCGAUAUGGAGCAAACUGCGCUUUACAAUGCAGUCAAGGUUGUGAGGGGAAUAAUUGUAAACCAAGUGAUGGAUCAUGCAACUGCAGAAGUAAUUAUAGUGGUGACAAAUGUGAAAACUGUAUUGCAGAUCGGUAUGGAGAAGACUGUUCAAAAGAAUGUAGUCCGGGCUGCAUACAAAAUACUUGCUCCUCCACUGAUGGAAAGUGUAAUUGCAAAGAAUUUUACACAGGAGAAAAUUGUGACGUUUGUGUAGACGGGCGUUACGGUGAAAAUACAUGUGACCAAAAGUGCUCUUUUGGAUGCAAUAAAAAAACAUGUAGCCGUAAUGGAACGUGUAUAUGUAAGCCUAAUUUUACUGGAAAUAAAUGCGACUCUUGUGUUAAUGGCGUUGGUUGUGAUGGGAACAAUUGCUCCCAUAUUGAUGGAAAGUGUAUUUGUAAAGAAUUUUACACAGGAGAUAAAUGUGACGUCUGUGUAGAUUGGUCAUACGGGGACGGUUGUUUGAAUGCAUCGACAUGGAAUGAGUCCACAGAGGGAGAAAAACUUAACGUUGGUGCUGCAAUUGGUGUGUCGAUUGCUGCUGUUCUUUUACUUGUAGCGGUUAUCGUUGCUGUCAUCAUUCUCAAACAGAGAAAUGAGUUAUGCUGGAAAAAGCGACGAGAUGAAGAGCAACACAGCGAAGUAAUACAUACACCCCAGCCGGUUGUGUACGCUACAGUGCCGAAAAAUAGACAUUCAUCUGUUCCCGCUCAGCAAAUGGAGUCCAAUCGUGGCAAUCAGGCACACCACCCUCGUACUUCAUUAACCGAUCACCACGCAGAAACUGGAAACAAAUUAUACGAAGACAUCUCAAAUGGACCUGAUGAUUCAGGCAUUAUUCAAAAGAACGUCAAACAAGAGACAGAAUACAUAAUGCAAACACACCAGGUUCAACUGGUGAUGACAGAAGAAACUACUGAAGAUGAUGGCCUUGAAAAUGAUGAAGAUGACCAAAUAGCUCGAGCAAGAGCAAUCACCUUUGAAGAGAAAGGCGGUAUAUAUUACAACAACGCUGAUAAAAUCAAUAAUCAAAAAAUCGCUGUCAACAACUUAACGAAAUACGUGAUCGAGAAAACUGUCAUAGAUAUUGAAGAAGAAUUUGAGAAAUUUCCUUAUGGAUUGACAAAAUCAUACGCCGUGUCGCAGAAGCUCGAGCAUAGUCAUCGAAACAGAUAUAAAGGAAUUUAUCCAUACGACGACACAAGGGUCAAGCUACGCGACUGUCAGACAGAUUACAUCAAUGCUAGUUUCAUAAAUGGGUAUAAUAAACGACAUGCGUACAUUGCAGCUUUAGGUCCCAUGUCAAAGCAGCUUGGGGAUUUCAGUCCAUUUUGGCAGAUGAUCUGGCAAGAGAAAGUGGAGAAAAUUGUCAUGCUGACCAACCUUGUUGAAGAUGGAAAAGACAAAUGCGAGCAAUAUUGGCCACCUCCUGGGACCAGUAAAAAUUACGGAAUGCAUUAUAUUUCCUGUCUUAACGAGAAUGAAUAUGCCGACUAUAAGAGGAGGGAAUUCACAAUUUCAAAGGGUCGCGAGACCAGAGAACUUCAUCACCUGCACUUUACCUGCUGGCCUGACAAAGAUGUACCGGAGGAUGUGACAGGAAUCACUGAGUUCAGACAGAGAGUGCAAAACAUACCUAGCCAAUUUGAUGGUCCUGUUCUCGUUCACUGCAGUGCUGGGGUUGGAAGAACUGGAACAUACAUCGCUCUAGAUAUUUUAACAAAAGAGGGAGAGAGUGAGGGAUCAAUACACAUCCCUGGCUGUGUGAUUAACAUGAGACACGAUAGGGCCAAUAUGAUACAGACCAAGAACCAGUACGAGUUCUUACAUAGAGCGCUUGUCUGUUCACUGAGUGAUAUCAGCAAACCAAUAAGAGGGAAAUAUUUUCGCCAGUACAUGAGGCAGAUGGGGAAUGAAGACUUCGACGGACAAUUUCAGGAGAUGCAAACCGUUUUAGAAAAGCCAUCAGAUAAUGAAAUGCAUGCCGUUGAGAGGAAUAAGAUAAUGAAAGGAAAGAACAGACCAUUUGCAGACAUACCAGGAGAUCUCAACAGACCUUGUCUGUUCCUCAAUAAUCCACCAGGUGCUUCUGGAUAUAUAAAUGCAGUUUACAUCGAUAGCUUGAAAGAGAGGAAUCACUUCUUGGUUGUACAAACUCCUAUGAAAGAAACUGUGGUUGACUUUUUGACACUGCUGUUCCAGGAAAAGUGUACAUGCGUCGUAUGUUUUGAACCUGCAAUACAAAAACAAAAGAAACAAAAUGUCGGAUUGUAUUAUCCUGCUGGAAACCACGUUUUAAAACAAGGCAUGUUUCAAGUCAGCUGGACCAAACAAGAAAAUCACGGCUAUUGCACAAAAAGACUCCUAGCGAUCAAACAUAAUGAACCCAAUGGGCACUGUUCUGAAAGGGAAGUCACUCACUUUGAAUUCAAUACAUGGGAUAAUACCAGUGACAUCCCGAGAUCAACAAAAGAUUACCUUGAUCUUAUCAAAAGCGUGGACGCAAACAUAAGAGAAGUUUCUAACCGAGGCCCGGUUCUAGUUCAUUGUUUAGACGGGGCAGGUAAAAGUGCAUUGUUUUGUGUUGUUUCCAUUCUGAUUGAAAAGAUGGAUAUAUACCAGGAAGUCAGCGUUGUUAACACAAUAAGGAAGGUCAAGUCAAUACGGAAAUCAGCAAUUCCUACCAAGGCACAAUUUGAAUUCUGCCACGAAUGCGUGUUGUCCUACAUGAAGUCAUUUGAAUAUGGUCAAUAUGCGAAUUUCACCGCUAGAAUAUCCAGUGUAUCAGAUGCUUAAACUAAUUAAAAAAGCUAGACAACAGCUAAGCUGAGAAUAAAUAUACAAACGCUUGUCAAUGCUUGAACAUAACUAGGUUUUCCUGCCUGAACGUUGUACCAGUAUAUAGAUGAUCUGUCCUGUUGACAAUCCCAAUUGUUUGAUACACAAUGUAUUUCAAGAAGUAUUGUUUCGCCAAACCAGAUGAAUAUGUGAGCUUUCCAUUUCGGAUUUUAUGACAACUCUUACAGAUAUGUACUUUAAAAAAGUUGUCUGAGUUAAAGUACGUAUAUAUUACGAAGUCAUCCAAUGAAACCAUAUGAACUUUCAUUUGAUUUUUAUUCAUGAUUUGUGUUAUACAUUUGUAGUUUGUUUGUUAAUUUUAACAUUUUGUUGUAAGGUAUGCACUUCCUUUUUAAAAAGUAAAGUGUUCUAAUCUAGAUGUAAAACAGGUAGUGAAUGUAUCUAUGCCGACAGCAAGUACAUGCCAACAUUUACUUACGCCUUUAUCUAGUCUCGAGAGUAAAGAUUUGUAUCCUCAAUCUAUUUUUUUUAUGAACAUGCUCGUACUGUUACACUGCUGAAAAUUCAUUUUGAUGAAUUUGAGUCUAAAAAUCUAGGCUCAUUUCCUACGUCAUAUCUUUAGCAAUAAUACAAGAUGUAGCGAGAAAUUCAUGAUGUGUACCCGUGUUAAAUUAUCCGCUCGUGUAAAAAUGCGGUUAUUAUAAAUUGUGCAAUUUAUAUAAUGCAUGAAAUAUUAGAACAUAAAAUGGUUCCUCAUAUCGACAGGGUUCAUACAAACGCGGUCACAUACUAACAGCUGUGUUACAGACCAAUGGUACUAAUUAAGCAUAUAAUUUCCUAAUUAUCAUUCAAACCAAACAACACUAUUACUAUUAAGGAUUUGUUUCUGAGGAAGACGUGCGUGAGAAAUUUCCUCCCAAACGCAAUUACAUUAUGCCAACGCAUCUAUUCUAACAUCAGAAACCAUUACUGUUGUGUUGUUACAUUUAGUAUGAUCUGUAUGUUCCAAAUUUCACAUGUAUUUAAAUGUCCACAAUAUUCGGAAAAUAAAUAUGAAAUUGUAUACAUAUAUUAUGACAAAUGCAACAUAACGUGCUCAACAUGUUGUUUCAAUAGCAAAUGCAACAUUGAUGGUACAAGGAAGUGUACUCAGUAUUUCAUGAGUAGCAAAUAUGACGCUUGCGAUCUGGGUCUUUUUAGGGAUACCAUAUGUAGUUGAAAUAUUUUGUGACACGUGGCAUCAUUUAUAUUUCGAGAAAAGUUUAUGUACUGACACAAUGGUUAAAUAACCGUUGAAUUUUUAGAAAAAGGAACAGUGUGUCAA